AAAAUUUGUGGGCAAAGGUUUACCUGUUUUCCUGAUGUUUUCUGGCUAAAAAUAAUUAAUGUACAUUUAUGACACUGUACUUUGUGUUAUAUUACCCUGGCUCAAAAAAGGUAAAAUGUUUUAUCCCUUCUGUCUGCCUUUUUCUUUAUAUUUAAUUAUAUUUGCCAGGGUCUCCCAAACCUCUAUACAUUUACACUGUUUAUAUAAUUGAUGCAAAAAAACAAACAAAAUGGAAAUAUUUUCUAGUAGUUGUAUCAUGUCUGCUGGUACAUCCGGGUUCACUUUUAUGUCCUUUCACUUUUUUUAUGAUUUUUCAUGUACUGAAAAGUUAAACUGUUUUUCUUUCAUUUCAGAGCUGAUGGAAGAGAACGAGGAGAGUGAAGAAGUGAGUGAAGUGGAGGAGCAACAUCAUGACAAACCUGGAGAAAAACCUCUGAGACGCUCAAAGACUAAAAAGACAUUUUUAAAGGAAAGGAGAGCCAAGAAAUCUUUCACGUGCAAUCAGUGUGGAAGGAGUUUCACAGCCAAACAAAGUCUUAAACUUCACACGAGAAUCCACACUGGAGAAAGACCAUUCACAUGUGAUCAGUGUGGAAAGAACUUCAUGCAAAAAAGUAAUCUUAAUGUUCACAGGAGAGUCCACACCGGAGAGAAGCCGUUCACAUGUGAUCAGUGUGGAAAAACAUUUCUUUGGGCAUCAAACCUGAAGGAACACCUGACAGUUCAUACGAAGGAGAAACCGCAUUCGUGUUCUGUGUGUGGAAAGAGUUUUUCACUGCUGCAAAAUUUACAUAGACAUGAGAAAAUUCAUUCUGGUGUGAGAGAUUACAUGUGCUUUGAGUGUGGGAAGGCUUUUUUUGUUGCAAACAGUUUAAAACGUCACGAGAUGAUUCACUCUGGAGAAAAACCCUACAAGUGUCCACACUGUGACAAGAGAUUUAAUCGGUCAGGAACCCUGAAAGCACAUAAGAGGAUCCACACUGGAGAGAAACCGCACACGUCUGAUCAGUGCGAAACGAGCUUCACUAUUAACACUCACAUGAAGAUCCAUGCAGUGGAGAAACCAGAUCAGCACAGUCUGAAAUCACAAGUUGAAGAAAGUGAGGAGAAUGAAGAAUUAAGUGAAUUUGAGGGAAAAAAUCAUGUUAAAACUGGAGAAAAACCUUUGAGUAGCUCUCAAACCAAACGGAAAGAUUUAAAGAAAAUAAGAGCCAAGAAAUCUUUCACCUGCACUUUCACCUGUGGAAAGAUUUUGACAAGCAAAUAUAAUCUUGAUGUUCACAUGAGAGUUCAUACUGGAGAGAAACCGUACACAUGUUCACACUGUGACAAGAGAUUCAGUCGGUCAACAAAUCUGAAAAGACACGAGAGGAUCCACACUGGAGAGAAACCGUAUCCCUGCACUGCAUGUGGGAAGUGUUUCAAUAAUUCAUCUGCUCUACACAGACAUACAAAAAACACUUGCAAUUUAUUAUUGCUGCAUGAAUAUUAUCAAGCUAUUUGAAUCUAGCCAACCAUUUCUAUAUGCGAUAAUAUCAAGACAUUUGUGACCCUGGACCACAAAACCAGUCAUAAGGGUAAAUUUUUCGAAAUUGAGAUUUAUACAUCAUCUGAAAGCUGAAUAAAUUAAGUAAAACAAAGUGAUAAACCAUCUUAAAGCCCACCCUUGGAUACCUGUAUAGUUUUGUAAUCGAUGUAUGAGUAAUGUAAAGCAAGUAACAGUGAGUAAAACAAAGGUAAUGUGUGUGAAUAGAGUAUUAGCACUGUAAGUGAGAUUAGCGGCAACCAAAUUCUAAACGUGCUGUAGCAACAAACAGGAAGUGAUAUCAAAACUAUGAAAACAUUCAUGAAAACAAGGUGUUUGAGGCAAAGUGAUAUACUGGAGAAAAUCUGAUGUGUCAGAACAUCGGAUCCAUGCAUUAGUUCUUAAAGUGACAGCAGCCUAAUACACCUGCAGCUGUCUGUGUCAUUAAUGAUAAUCAAACAACAAAAGAAAAAGAAAAACUUCACUCUCUAAUCUUGUCUGGAUGACUUUAACAGCAUUAAUAAGCAUUAAUCCAUCAGUUUAAACAGGAAAGACCAUACAGUGUUACUUGACAUUUGAUUCAUUUAUUGAAUUUGCUUUGUAAGCUAUUAUUCACCUGAAUACUACUGGUAGUUUUUUCUUUAGUAUCCAAAUUAUAGGUAAACCUUAUGUAUAUAAAUUUUAAACACUAAAAAUACCUUUAUAUUGGUGCAAUUACAAAUAGAUGUUUUAUAUUGAUUGUUUUUGUAAUAGUAAUUUGUUUAAACAGGCUGUUUAUUUGCUAUAGUUUUUUAAAUUUCAGAAUAUAAAGCCAAGAAUACUGUUAAAGAACCGGACUGAUGUGCAGUAUCAUAAGAAUAUUGAUACCGUUAAAACCUUAAUGAGACCCAUCCCUGCUUUUCAGUAGAAGAGCGAGAUCCAUCUGUUUUCACUUUUGUUUUCAGUAAUUAUUGAUCACUUUUGCUUUGAAUAAUUACUGAUUAAAAGAUACCUUUUUAUUAAUAUGAUAUUGUUACUUUUUAUAUUUUAUCAACAACUUUUAUUGUCUGCUGAUUUUUGGGCUUUCUGGUUUAAAUUUAUCAAUAAAUCUGAAUUGAAUUGAAAGCCUUUUUUGUCGUAUUUUUCUGCAUACGGUGAUACGGUGAAAUUAAGAGCGCAUUUAGUGCAUUAAAGUCCUGAUAAAUGAAGUGACCAUGUGAUCAUGUUGCACACUGAUAUUCUGCAUAUUGUAUAAAAACAGCAGUACAGACAGAAAAAGACUGGAAUGAAUGAAGAGACUAGUUGAAUAACGUGACUGCAAAAGUGUUUUACAGUUUUUUUUUACAAUCAUUUUGUUACCAAUUUCAGAACCUUGAUGUCAUUUUUCAAAACUCAAAACAGUCAUUAUAUGUAACACAGGCUGUCCGAUGUUCAAAACUUUAGAGUUUGUACUUGGCUAACUGGUGCCAAGUUCAGGAAGCAGACAGACUGGCUAAACCGACCGUCAGUUAAUUCUCAGCAUAUAGAGACUCUUUGACCUAGAUAUCACACUAUAGAGACUGUGUCUGUUCC